UUGCCCGGUCCUUGGCUGCUCAAAAACUGAUGUCAUGUGAUAGGCUUCGUUCGUAGUAGCCGCUGACAGAAGCGGUAAGAGAGAAAGUGGACAGACUGUUUCUCUUAUUAUAUAGUUUCCCUGGAGAAGUAGUUGGAAAUUGCGUUCGCGGAACAGCGAACGUCAUGGGUUGCUGUUAUAGCAGGGAAAACGAGAACACUGAGCAGGACCCUGACGUGUAUAAGCCACUGAUCCCCCACCCGAACCCAGACAGCAAGCCCCUCAACAGUACAGAAUGGAGCUCCGCCAGUGUACCCUCAGCCCGCACAGACGAACAGGCCUUACUCACAUCCAUCCUUUUCAAGACAGCCCUGAAUAUCAUUGAUGUCUCGGCUGCGGACUCUCAAGGCAUGGAGCAGCAUGAGUAUAUGGACAAAGCUCGGCAAUACAGUAUAAAACUGGCCUUGUUGAGUAACAGUCUGUCUCAGAAGAAGCCCCUCCCUCUCCCUUCCCUCACCAGCCAGCCACACCAAGUGCUCGCUAGUGAUCUGGUGCCAUACUCUGAUGUACAACAGGUGUCCAAGAUAGCUGCCUAUGCUUACAGUGCAAUCUCUCAGAUCAAGGUGGACGAUAAAGAAGAACUAGUGGUUCAAUUUGCCAUCCCCUGAUCUACCCUCCAUAAUACCCCCUUGUCCUGUCUCCCAUGCCCGGUCCUGUCUCCCAUGCCCGGUCCUGUCUCCCAUGCCCGGUCCUGUCUCCCAUGCCCGGUCCUGUCUCCCAUGCCCGGUCCUGUCUCCCAUGCCCGACCCUGCACCCUGUGUCUCAGUCCUUGUCCUGUCUCCCAUGCCCGACCCUGUCUCCCAUGCCCGACCCUGUCUCCCAUGCCCGACCCUGUCUCCCAUGCCCGACCCUGUCUCCCAUGCCCGACCCUGUCUCCCAUGCCCGACCCUGUCUCCCAUGCCCGACCCUGUCUCCCAUGCCCGACCCUGUCUCCCAUGCCCGACCCUGUCUCCCAUGCCCGACCCUGCACCCUGUGUCUCAGUCCUUGUGCUACCCAGCUAUGUGACUAGCAUCCUGCUGCUACAAAUGAGGAUUAUGACAACCAGAUCUCCCCUGCUGAGAGGGUUAACUUGACCCGCUUGACCUACCUCCCCCCUUGACCUUUCAAAGCCAUCAUUCAUCCUUCACGAGGGGUGUCAAGGAAUUUUAAAAUUCAUCGCAGUAUAACGAUAAUGGCUGUCUUUUUGUUAUUGUUAUUUUAAAGUGAUUUCUAGCAGAAACAUGCUUCCUCCCAGCACUUCAAUCAUUUAGCUGGCAGUCCUUGGAUUUGUAUCUUUUAGAUUACACAGAAACAAUAGAAGGGGGGGUAGGGCUUAGUGAAGGUAGGGGUCUAGGUGGAUGGUUCGUGUUCAGGGGCUUGUAAUGUAAAUUAAUCAGUUAAGUGUUUAUACCUUCUAUGUACAGAUUUGUGACUCGGUCAAAAGCAACAAAUGGAUUCUAUGCACCUCCCCUUUGUAGAACGUCUGUUGGUCAGGAUUGGCUAAAGCUUCAAUGGGGCGGUUUUUGGAGCCAAUCAAAACUAAGGAUACAGAAACCCAGUUUUUAUUACAAGAACCCCUAUUAACAUCCAAGUUUGUUCGAUUUUUAAACAAAACAACAGCUUGUUAUGAGUUACUUAAAUGAACCUAGAAAAUAACAUAUCAUGGCAGUUUGGGAUAAACAACCAUAACCUUGGUAUCCUCAAUUAAAACGAUCAGUGGUGUUAAUGAUUUAUUUAUGUGGGGGUCAUUAAAGUGAUGAUCUGGAA